AUGAAUGUUCGCAGACAGACAGCCGACAUCUUUCCUGGCGGAUCUCUCUAUCACCACGGAAGCCGGAAUAGUCACCAUGAAACAUUAAUAGCGCAACUGCAAGAUCCUCACUCGAUAGGCUUGACGUUUCUUAUCCUCACCUGCAUCUACCUGAUCCUCGAUUACUUCCAUCUCGCUCCAAUUUCACUCAUCGGCACAAUCUGGAGCACGUUUGUCUAUUUAAUCCCGUCCUCGAUUCUCAUCGCACUCGAUACCCGUAUGUCGCCUUCAGAUACACCCCCUUCCAGCCCGGCGCGAUUGUCGUUUCAAGCAAAGAGCGAAUCUUUGCAGCGGAUACUGGGGCUAGAUCACAACGCCAUUCCAUUCUUCUCUCGAGCAAGGUCCCUUUCCGGCAUUGGUGGCGCUUUUUUGGGUCACAGUAAAGAUGUCAUUCCUUCGGGGCUGGGCAACUGGGAUAAUUCCUGUUAUCAAAACAGUAUCAUUCAAGGCCUUGCCUCGCUUGAGACACUGUCAGCCUACUUGGGAGAAAAUGUUCGCACUCUUGGUGAAAACAGCCCAUUGACGACGCACAAAGCACUCAAAGAGAUCAUCGAUCUCCUGAAUAGCGCCUCCAAUCAAGGGUACAAGCUCUGGAUUCCUGCUGAGUUGAAGUCCAUGAGCAGCUGGCAGCAACAGGAUGCUCAGGAAUAUUUUUCCAAGCUUGUUGAUCAGAUCGAUAUGGAGAUUCAGCAAGCCAUGCGGCGGCAGACGAGGAAUCUUGGCCUGAAAACAGCAGGACCAGAAGAGAACAUUUUGAAAGAAGCGCGCCUGGACACAACAUCUGCCGAGAGCGACAACGCCUCACCAAGUAGAGAAGCCUCAUUCCGCAACCCUCUUGAGGGCUUGCUUGCUCAGCGAGUAGGCUGUAUGAAAUGCGGAUGGUCAGAAGGAUUGUCGAUGAUACCUUUCAAUUGUCUCACAGUUCCUCUGGGAGCUAGACAUGAUUAUGAUAUUCGUGAAUGCUUGGAUCAAUACAUGGCUUUGGAGCCCAUUGAGGGGGUCGAGUGUGCCAAAUGUACUCUAUUGCGCGCUCGAGAUCAGCUGCGAAACCUCCUGGGCAGCAUGGCAGAUGAAGACGAUACCGAAAAACUGAAAUCACCGGGGCUUUCCGACGCUGUCAAGGAAUCUGCGCAGUCUCGCCUCGCUGCUGUUCAGAGUGCCAUCGAGGAAGACGAUUUCAGCGAAGAGACCCUUUCAAACAAAUGUCACAUCCGAUCCAAGAAUCGAAUGACCACUACCAAGUCUCGGCAAGCAGUCAUUGCUCGAGCGCCACGGUGCCUUGUUGUUCAUAUCAACCGCAGCUUAUUCGAUGAGAUGACUGGGAUGCUCCGGAAGAACUAUGCAUCUGUUGCAUUUCCCAAAAAUCUAGACUUGAAUGACUGGUGUCUUGGUAACAAGACUCGUGGAUCCAGUGAAAUCAUUGAAAAGUGGGUCACAAAUCCCGCAGAAUCAAUGCUACCAGGACAAGGCGACGCAAUCCAUAUGCAGAGUCGGCAAUACGAACUGCGCGCCAUCGUGACUCACUACGGUCGUCAUGAGAAUGGCCAUUAUAUUUGCUAUCGCAAGUACCCAACAUCUGUGUUUUCUGCACCGGUCCCAGACGAGGUCCUCCAGGCCGAGGGCGAUAAAGAGAAACCCGAACGCUGGUAUCGGCUCAGUGACGAUGACGUGCAAAUGGUGAGCGAGGCUCAUGUCAUGUCGCAAGGUGGUGCGUUCAUGCUAUUCUACGAACAUAUCGAUGCUUCAGUGACCCAAAACUCCACUGAAGCGACGAAAUCAGAGUCCGUUAUUUCCGAAGGUUCAGAACCGGUGUCGACUUGCACAUUUUCCGAGGAUCGCUCGAUGGCUUCCACCGCCACGGGUGCAGCAUCCACUGCAUCUCGGGCAACAAGCAUUUCCAGCACGGAGAGGACCGCCGUGGCUGUUGAGGACGACAAGCCCCAUCACGAUAGGAUGUCUGCUCUUCAAAGUGAUCACGAUACGCCUUCUGCCGCUGAAGAGACUCAGUUGCGGUCACGUCCUGUUUCCUGA